ACUGAGAGGCAUAGAAAAUUAAACGUCAAACUCUCGGGAAUGCAAUCACAAGCACUACGAGUUGGAUUAUUGGUUAUUGCAGUGAAAUACACAGUAUUGAGUUAUUUUAUGUGGCGUUAUUAUAAUUCCAAAAAGAGGGAAAUAAAACCACGAGAAUGAAACUACCAAUAAUCAUUCUCAAACAUGAUGAACAAUAAAAUUUCACGCGAUGUGAUAUAAAUGUACGAACAGUAUAAACGGAGUGACGAGAAAAAUAGUUUUUAUUGUGCAUCUGCGUAUAUGACGCACAACAAAGAUUUUUUUCAACAAAAAUAAUCAAUGUGAGAUGGAUUAAAAUUCACCAAAUUAAGGAAAAUGUACGGCGAGGGUUUAGAAUCAGUGUCGGAAGGAUGGCGACAAUUACGAGAAUUGAGUACAACAACAGAUCCAAAUAUAAGUACAACAGUUCAUGAGGAGGAGCAUUUUUGCAAAUUGAUCUUGUACAAAGAAAUUCAAGAUUCGAGAGUACGAAUAUGGGAUGUAAUGAUUUUAAUUCCAAAUCUUCUAUUCCUUCUUUUUAUUGCUGUGAGAUUUAACAGAGCACGACUCAAAUUAAGAGCGACUAGUAGUCCAAUAUUCUUAGCAUUUUAUGGUCUCGUUAUUUGUAAUGUUUUGAUUUCGGUAAUUCGAUGCGUUGUUUCAAUGACUGUUAAUGCAGCAGCGACUGUCGGUGGUAAAGCCGAUAAAGUACUAUGGGUUACUGUGAGAUUUUUUCUAUUGUCCACCGAAAUGAGUGUCGUUAUUUUUGGCUUAUUUUUCGGACAUUUAGAUAGUCGCUCGAGUAUUCGCAGAGUACUGUUGGCCACGUCCUUUAUAGCUCUAGCUUACACGAUAACUCAGGGUACUUUGGAAUUAGUUCUACCAGACGAUAUGUUUUAUAUAAAUAGUAAAGAACUGUUCGUUUUCGGUCAUGGUGGAAUGAUGUUCUGGUUUAUCAGCAGUCUCGUCUUUACAACGAUAUACAUGUUCAUGCUAAUACUGCCGUUGACGCGACUGCGAGAACGAUUAGCCUUACCAAAUAAAAGAAGUUUUUACGUUUACGUUGGGAUAUUGGCUUUUUUGAACCUGGUGCAGUCAAUAGGAGCAGGACUUUUAAAUUAUACUCAAAAUCUCGUCGGCCUCUGCGUGGUGGACGUCACUGCGAUCAUCUAUUUAACCGUCUUCACGCCUCUAGUUUAUCACACAUUUUUAUCCGAAUUUUUAGGAAUAUCGCAGCCAUCACUUAUGUUCUCGUACAAAGCGCAAGUAGACGACGCGAUGGAGGAGGACACAGUUUCGCUGCCACAUCAACAAAGUUUCUCGUCGUUGAAGACUGACAGCGACUACAUUUAUCAGGUCCAUGUUCCUUCAUUUCACAUGCCCUUUCACGAAUCCCAAAUUACAAAAAAUUCCCCAAAAGUAAAGCAAACAAGCUCCCUAUAUUCAUUAACAUCCCGUCGUGCUGAUCCAAAUACAAGUCGCUAUAGUUCACAAAUAAAACUCUAUGGAACAUCGCCGAGUGGUAAACGUUCCUCAAAACGUCUAAUCGCCCAACAAAGUACACCGGAUCUUGGCAAAUAUACAUUGACAAGUUCAGGCAAUAAUUUCAGUGGAACACAAAAAAUUCCUUCACAUUUAGAAGCACCGAGUUGGAAAACUCGUUCAGUUUCCUUAAUUGGACACGGUGAUUUUGUACAAGCAACAACAGCAACAUCACAGAGUCAUUUUCAAUAUCGUCCAAAAAAAUCGGAAAGUGUCACACAAUUUCUAUCAGAAUCAAGUAAAAGCAGUCUUGACUCGGAAUCAUUGCGUGUCAAGAUAAAAAGAUCAAAAUCAAUUGUCAAUGACGAUAGUAAUAACAGUGAAAAAUUGAUGAAAAAAGCGAAUGAAAAAUCAUCGUCACCACUCGAGAGUAGUUUGCAAAGUCUCUUGAGUGGUGAAUCACACGAGAUGAAACGAACAAAUGAUUCUGUAACCAAAGAUAUCUAAAAAAGCUUCUCGCAAAUUUUUUCUUCCAUUUUUUGAAAAGUUCGACCACAGGAAACUGAACUAGCUUUUCGUAUUUUAUCAAAAUUCAGAACUAGAUUAAGAGAGCUAAUGAAAGCU